CCUUCAGUCUUGCACAGGUGUACUGGCUCCUCCCCUUCAGUCUUGCACAGGUGUACCGGCUCCUCCCCUCCAGUCUUGCACAGGUGUACUGGCUCCUCCCCCUUCAGUCUUGCACAGGUGUAUCGGCUCCUCCCCUCCAGUCUAGCACAGGUGUACCGGCUCCUCCCCUCCAGUGUACCGGCUCCUCCCCUCCAGUCUAGCACAGGUGUACCGGCUCCUCCCCUUCAGUCUUGCACAGGUGUAUCGGCUCCCUCCCCUCCAGUCUAGCACAGGUGUACCGGCUCCUCCCCUUUAGUCUAGCACAGGUGUACCGGCUCCUCCCCUCCAGUCUUCCACAGGUGUACCGGCUCCUCCCCUUCACUGAAGCGGCUUCCUCUGAUGUCACUGCACCCUAUGAGCCUCUCACAAUGUGCAU